GAUGGACGUGUAUCAGGAGGGAUUAGUGGUAAACAUAGGCAGGCGUGUUCUCUCUCUGACGAGGCGGAUUUCAAUCUCUCUCUCUCUCCCAACUGUUUAAACUGCAAGGGUCUCAUCUCUCUCCAAACAACUGACUGCUCUCAUCUCCCAUGGCUCCGUAAUAUUUGUGUGUGUGUGUCUGUGGGGGGGUGGGGUGUUUUUAUCUCCCUGUCUGUGUGUGUUUGAGAAAGUGAUUCAGUCUCUCUUUCUGUGCGAUGGCACUACUGCCUAAGGAGGCAGAACGAUUCGAUGGGCUAUCUCUGCUAUACUGGACCGUCAUGGGGCCUCACGGCAUCAACCGGGCCAUCGAGAGACUGGAGUUCUGCGACUGCAAGAAAGGACUGGGGGUGAAGAUCAUCGGUGGCUACAGAGAGCAGACACGUGAGGAGUUUGGGAUCUUCAUCAAGCGGGUGUUACCGGGAGGGCUGGCUGCUCAGGAUGGAAGGCUUAGAACGGGCGACCUCAUUUUGGAAGUCAAUAAUAUGAGUUUAGGAGGAGUAACCAACGAGAGGGCGGUGGAUAUCCUCCGGUCAGCGUCCGCCUCCAAUCACAUGUCUCUGAUGGCUGCCAGGGACGAUGAAAGCAGGCGGGAGUUCAUUGAGUUGAUGAAUAAGUAUGGCUCCCACAGCAGUUUUAAAGGAAGCUCAGGGAGGGUCUCUCCUACACAGCUCUCUACAGGAGGCAAGACAGACACGGCCUCCUCAUCUUCCUCCUCCAGAUCUACCAGUCCCACCAGCCAGCUCUUCAGUCCUAAAGAGGGGGUCACAGGACCUCCCUAUACCACUGGGCCCCCCUAUACGUCAAACCCCAACACAGCCCCUACACAGCCCAUCUUCAAUGAAAGCAUCAUUCAGUUGAUAUGCAUCUCAAAAGGAACAGGCCUGGGCCUCAUCAUCAAGGGCGGAGCUAACCGAGCCGAGGGACCAAUGGUGUUGAUUCAGGAAAUAGUGCCUGGAGGAGACUGCCAGAGGGACGGUAGACUACAGCCAGGAGACCAGCUGGUAUCGAUUAAUAAGGAGUCGUUAAUCGGAGUGACUUAUGAGGAGGCUAGAAGUAUCCUGACACGCACCAAACUCAGACCAGACCCUACGGUGGAGAUAGCAUUUAUGAGACACAGGACUUCCACCAGUUCUGCUUCCUCCAGCAGUGGCCCCCAGGGUCCUUUCACCCCACAGGGCGCAGCCAGUGGAGCCUCCUCAGUGCCCCCCACCAGGAGAGGGACCCUGGCUGUACUGGGGGCCCUGCCUCCCCCUCGGUCACUGCUCCAGCACAGGAGAACCACGCUCCCUGCAGCCCUCCCUGGAGCUCCCCUGGUGGUGCCCAAGAUCACCUCCACCCUCAACCCCGCCAGCGAGACCCUGCCUUCUGUCAACCUCAGCCAGGUGCGAAUGAGGACAGAACAGACGUGUGUCUCCUCCCCUCCUCAGAGUCCCAGCACCACAGACGCCAAGCCUGAAUCCUCCACUGUAUGGCAGCCAGUCAGCAGUCUCGUACCACAAAGGAAGUGCUCCCUCAGCUCCAUCUGUCGCCUCAAACUGGAGAGGCUGGAGCAGGCUCUGGAUGCAUUGGGACUGAAUCCUACAGAGGCACAGAGACAGACGUUGAGGGCCAGACUACAAACAGACCCUGCUGGGACAGUGGCCUACGCAGACUUUGAGACGCUGACGCGGGAGCUGUUCAAGCUACAGUUUGAGGAGUCAGAGGUGGGAGGUCAGAGGUUAAAGUUUGUGUCAGAAGACCUCUCCAGCCUCCUAGAGUCACCCACCAAAUCACGGUCUUCACUGUCUGACUCUGAUGACCUAGAGGAGAUGGAGAGACUGAGGAAAGACCACAUCGAGGCUCUGAGAGAAAUCAAGAAACUACAGGAGCAGUUGGCAGAGUCCGAGAGACUUCAACUGCAGAUGCAGGGAGAGCUGAACAAUGUCAAACAGGAGGUCAAGUCUGGAGUUGAGGAGAGCCGUGCACUGCGGAGCAGGAUCCACCUGUCUGAGGCAGCCCAGAAGCAGGCCAGAGGGAUGGAGAUGGAUUAUGAGGAGGUGAUCCAUCUCCUGGAGGCUGAGAUAGCUGAGCUCCAGACCCAGAGGACAGAGCAGCCCGGCCAGUCCAGCCAGGUGCAGGAUGAGGCAGAGGAACUGAAGAAGAGAGUGGCCGUUCUGGAGUGUCAACUAAGGAAGAACGAGGAGGCCAAAAAGGGUUUUGAGGUGUCCAUGGGUAAACUGCUCAACUUCGUGGAGAAUGUCCAAGACUUCCUCAUUGAAAAUCAAGGACCUGUGAAGAGCUACAGCUCCGGUGACGUGAAGGCUGGAGCCUCCUCUCAGCCCCUGGGAGCCCGGGUGGGGAAGAAGUCCCAGUGGACGGCCGCCACACUAACCGCAGAGGCUAAAGAACUCACACGGACUGUUAGCGCCAUUCUGGAGGUGGAGUGUAAGUGAUCUAUCAUCUCGACUCACUGCAUGCCUGCAUGUCGUCUCUAUCCCUGGUCUAGCAUGCAAUUCCAAUCAGCUCAACAGACACCGAAUCACCUCCAUAGUUCUGAAACCAACCAAAAACCAACUGGAUAACAGACACCAAACCAACCAAAUUAUGUCCAUAGCUACUAAGCUAACCAAAAUCAACCAGCUCAACAGACCUCAAACAAUCUAGUUACUAAGCCAACCAAAACCAACCGGAUAACAGACACCAAGCCAUCUUUGUAGUUACUAUACACGUCUCAAUGGCCAUCUUUUAGUUGAGUGGCCUGUAAGAAAAUGAUGGACAUCCUUGUACCUAAGGAUCAGACAACAGAAUGAGACCGUAAAGCAGCUAAGCAACUUUGAGAGGUUCAGUCUCUGUGUCCAGUGGAGUUGAAUGAACCAGAGACUAAUUUUUCCGUAGUUACUCGUGUUUUCUCUGUAGUCAUCGUCUAGUGGACGGACAGAAUGAUCUUUCAUUCAACAUGAAAUGUAGUGUUGAUGAUGUUCGCAAUGUUCGACUUCCUAUAGAUUUGUGUUUUGAAUCAAAUAAUUGUUUUUCAGAAUUGGACCAGUGUAUCUAGAAAUGUACAAUAAGACCUUAGUCAAUACAAAAAACAUCAUCAUACAUGCACCUGAUCAAGUCAGUCGCUGACCAUACUGUAGCCCUGAAUGUAGUGGGAUGGGAGGAAGCCAAGAACAUCAAAAGGGGAAAAAUCUUCCACAUCGGGUCAUAAUAACGGGGAACGAAAACAGAAGCGAAGAAGAUGAUCGAGAGGAAGAGGGGUUAGAUACUGAUGUCGUCAUUACUAACAAGAUUCUUCAGGAAUUACAAUAUACAGCAUCUGGACCAGGAGCCAUAUGGGAGCAAACUGUUUCCGAUUGUUCAAUUCAGUUCUAAUCCAGUGUUGGUGUCAGGUUGUGAGCAGGGUGAGAAGUUUUGUAUUUUUUUAUUUUAUUUUUAUUUCACCUUUAUUUAACCAGGUAGGCUUGUUGAGAACAAGUUCUCAUUAACAACUGCGACCUGGCCAAGAUAAAGCAUAGCAGUUUGAACAGACAACAACACAGAGUUACACAUGGAGUAAACAAUUAACAAGUCAAUAACACAGUAGAAAAAAAGAGUCUAUAUACAUUGUGUGCAAAAGGCAUGAGGAGGUAGGCAAAUAAUUACAAUUCAGCAGAUUAACACUGGAGUGAUAAAUGAUCAGAUGGUCUGGUGUGCAAAAGAGCAGAAAAGUAAAUAAAUAUAAACAGUAUGGGGAUGAGGUAGGUAAAUUGGGUGGGCUAUUUACCGAUAGACUAUGUACAGCUGCAGCGAUCAGUUAGCUGCUCAGACAGCAGAUGUUUGAAGUUGGUGAGGGAGAUUAAAGUCUCCAACUUCAGCGAUUUUUGCAAUUCGUUCCAGUCACAGGCAGCAGAGAACUGGAACGAAAGGCAGCCAAAUGAGGUGUUGGCUUUAGGGAUGAUCAGUGAGAUACACCUGCUGGAGCGCGUGCUAUGGAUGGGUGUUGCCAUCGUGGAGCCAGUGGGUCUGGCGACGAAUAUGUAGCGAGGGCCAGCCGACUAGAGCAUACAAGUCACAGUAGUGGGUGGUAUAAGGUGCUUUAGUGACAAAACGGAUGGCACUGUGAUAAACUGCAUCCAGUUUGCUGAGUAGAGUAUUGGAAGCUAUUUUGUAGAUGACAUCGCCGAAGUUGAGGAUCGGUAGGAUAGUCAGUUUUACUAGGGUAAGUUUGGCGGCGUGAGUGAAGGAGGCUUUGUUGCGGAAUAGAAUGCCGACUCUAGAUUUGAUUUUUAGAUUGGAGAUGUUUGAUAUGAGUCUGGAAGGAGAGUUUACAGUCUAGCCAGACACCUAGGUACUUAUAGAUGUCCACAUAUUCUAGGUCGGAACCAUCCAGGGUGGUGAUGCUGGUCAGGCGGGCGGGUGCAGGCAGCGAACGGUUGAAAAGCAUGCAUUUGGUUUUACUAGCGUUUAAGAGCAGUUGGAGGCCACGGAAGGAGUGUUGUAUGGCAUUGAAGCUCGUUUGGAGGUAGAGCCAUAUAUUACGAGACUACGGUUUCAGAAUGGACGCCAUGUUAGCACCUUCAUUCUUGAAAUUUUGGCGACGUAACAAUACGCGAUCGCCUCCGAUAGUUCCCUCUGAAAUUACCCGACUCAAACAAGCAAAACAGAGCAGCGAAUUUAAGGACAUUUUUACUGAUUACCAUUCGGAACCAUGUGUAUCCAAGUCGGUAUUGUGAUGUCAACAAAUUGCACAUCUGCUUUCACUGGACAUCUUCAUAGUUUUCAAAACCUUUCACAAAUAAACAGCACAAUGCAUAACCAUAAAUGAUCACUGAGCAACGGCUAUGGAGGAGAAAGUGGCGCUUUCGGAAUGUUCAGACAGAAACCACAUUGGCCCAACUCUCUGUAUCGAUGCCUCUGAUGAGAAGUACUGACCUCCGAGGUCACGGUCUCCUGUCUCUAGGUUAACCUUGUCUGAUCCAACAAAACUUUCUCCUGACCCCUCUUGACCUUUCCCAGUCAGAGGUGAAGCAGCCAAUCAACCAGGUGAUCUAACUCUCACCCAUAGAGAUAGAUAGAGGACUCCAGUGCCCAAAAUUCUGUUUUAGCAUGGGCAGUGCCAUUGUGAGGACAUAACCAUUUUGAAGUAGUCAACUGGUUGGGACUUCCUAUGGGUUUAGGAAGGAUCACAUAAUUCCAUCCAGUUCAUCAGGAGGGAUCAGCCAAUGAAUUAUACCCGUGAGAAAACCAUUUACUGCAGGUGGCAGGCAAUUGUCAAUCUUGGCUUUAUACCUGUUCAAACAACAAACUCCAGGUGGCAGUAUGCACCCUUUCAGUUUGUUUACCAACUCAUAGAAGUAGUAGUAGAAGAAAAAUGGAGAUUGGCCUCAAUGGUGCUGCCCAUGCUCUCAUAGAUGCCAUAAUGAGACAGAUACAAUGUUUCAUCCUCUAACUAUCUCUAUGCUCUCACCUGAGGUGGACGUGUCAUUGUGACUCUGGGGUUUGUCAUCUCAGCCCUAUGGGCCCUGGUCAAAAGUAGUGCACUAAAUAUGGAAUAGGGUGCCAUUUUGGGAUGUAGGCUUUCUCUCUUUCUGUUUUCAUUUUUGGUAAACAUAGAUGAAUGUCAGAUACAAAACAUAUAAAUGUACUGUCCUUGAUAAUAUGAGUCAGUAUUGGAGAAAUAGAAAAUGUAUGGUAGGAUUAGAGAACUAGAAAAUGUAUGGUAGGAUUAGAGAACGAGAAAAUGUAUGGUAGAUUUAGAGGAGAACUAGAAAAGGUAUGGUAGGAUUAGAUAACUAGAAAAGGUAUGGUAGGAUUAGAGGAGAACUAGAAAAGGUAUGGCAAGAUUAGAGGAGAACUAGAAAAGGUAUGGUAGGAUUAGAGAACUAGAAAAGGUAUGGUAGGAUUAGAGAACUAGAAAAGGUAUGGUAAGAUUAGAGGAGAACUAGAAAAGGUAUGGUAGGAUUAGAGAACUAGAAAAGGUAUGGUAGGAUUAGAGAACUAGAAAAGGUAUGGUAAGAUUAGAGGAGAACUAGAAAAGGUAUGGUAGGAUUAAAGGUAUGGUAGGAUUAAAGGUAUGGUAGGAUUAAAGGUAUGGUAGGAUUAAAGGUAUGGUAGGAUUAGAGGUAUGGUAGGAUUAAAGGUAUGGUAGGAUUAAAGGUAUGGUAGGAUUAAAGGUAUGGUAGGAUUAAAGGUAUGGUAGGAUUAGAGGUAUGGUAGGAUUAAAGGUAUGGUAGGAUUAAAGGUAUGGUAGGAUUAGAGGUAUGGUAGGAUUAAAGGUAUGGUAGGAUUAAAGGUAUGGUAGGAUUAAAGGUAUGGUAGGAUUAGAGGUAUGGUAGGAUUAAAGGUAUGGUAGGAUUAAAGGUAUGGUAGGAUUAGAGGUAUGGUAGGAUUAAAGGUAUGGUAGGAUUAAAGGUAUGGUAGGAUUAGAGGUAUGGUAGGAUUAAAGGUAUGGUAGGAUUAAAGGUAUGGUAGGAUUAGAGGUAUGGUAGGAUUAAAGGUAUGGUAGGAUUAAAGGUAUGGUAGGAUUAAAGGUAUGGUUGGAUUAGAGGUAUGGUAGGAUUAAAGGUAUGGUAGGAUUAAAGGUAUGGUAGGAUUAAAGGUAUGGUAGGAUUAAAGGUAUGGUAGGAUUACACUUCUGCCAUUCAAAAAAAAAAAAGAUCUGCUGCCGUCUGAGGCUGGUAAUAAUAUCAAGUGAUUCUGUGAAACAAAAGAAGGUCCUGUGAGAAGAAAGUCCUUUUUGACUUCUAAGAGAACAUUGGAUCAUUUGGAAAGUAUAUUGUGUUCAUUGGUGUGUUAUGUAAACUUGUGUGUUAAAGAGAGAUUAGAUAAGUAGGUCAAUCCAAUAGCAAACGACCCAAAGUAUUAGUUAGAACAAUGUAUUACAGUGUCACUCCACAAUGAUAGUAUAGUUGACAAUACAAAAUACCAAUUGUAAUAACCACACUGUGGACCACUCAGUUUAAGACACUAAAAGCGGCCAUAGUCAAACAUGGUACAGUAUUUUAAUUUGCUCAUCUGUAAUACAUAAUACUAUGUAUACCUUAUUGGUAUCAUUAUUAUACAUUAGGUCAUCUGUACACACAUGUAUACAUAAACAAAAACCAAAGUACGGUAGAAAACAGGACAUUUAGGCAGAUAUAAAGAAACGACUCCAUGUCUUAUUUCUGUCCGUUCAGUUGACGAAAAGGAUGAGCCCUGAUGUGGUUGUGUUCCCCGUAGUACAGCAAGGCUCAAGAUUUUCAAUGGAUCUAGCAUUACAAAAACAACAGAUGUUUAUCUCAGGGAGUGUUUGUUUGUGUGUGUGCGUGCGUGUGUGUGUGUGUAUGUUUGUGUAUGUGUGUGUGCGUGUGUGUGUUUGUGUACGUGUGUGUGUUUGUGUGCGCGUGUGUGUGUGCGUUUGUACUUUAGACAUUCUCCUCUCCCCAGAUCCCAUCUUAGUCAUUUUCACUGGGUUCAGUGUUGCUUGGUUGUGUACUGCUGAGGAAAACCAUCUUACCUUACAUUUCAACCAGGUGAUCUUUCUGAGUGGACAAACACACACACGUUUUGGGUCACUAAUAUUGGAUUGACCUACUUACCUACCCCUUCUCAACACACACACACACACACACACACACACACACACACACACACACACACACACACACACACACACACACACACACACACACACACACACACACACACACACA